GCAGCAUAGCUAAAUGCUAGCUAACUAGCUAUAUAACUGUAUAAUAUUGAUUGCAUUUGUAGUGUCACAGGCGGGCUCAUAGCCUGUGGCAAAAAUGAGGGGACACCAACAGGUAUAGGCCAAUCAAAAAGGUUCUUUAUUAUAAACAAAAAAGUGUUCACUUUAAACAAAGAAAAAGGAAUGAGGUGUGAAAGUAUCAUAAUGUAAGGUGUAUGUAAAGUGCAGGGAUGCGUGAAUCUGUUUGUGUCAAUAUGACGGAGUGAAAACUACGUAAAACUACAAAGGAACAAACAAAACAGGAUCAUACCUGGAGGAGCAGAGAGAGAGAGACAAGAGUGGUUAGUGAAGCAGUUUAAAUACCCUGAGCACAGGUGGCUCCAAUCACUAACGACCCUCUUCUGCCUGCAGGAGGAACCGUCCCUGCAAUGCAGAGGAGGGGCCGUGACACUAGCUAAAUCCAUCGUUUGGAUCUUUGAACUUUUCUUGAAUUAAACAACAUCUCUCUAGAAAAAUGAUCCCAGAGCUGUCCAGUCCCUCAGUGUGUAUGAGGGACCCUCAGAGGGUGGAAGAGAUCAUCAAGGCCAUGCAGAAGGCUGGCACCAGCACGAUUCAGGUGAUUUCAGACUUCAACAUGACCCUCACACGGUUUGCCUACAAUGGGAAGCGGUGUCCUCCCAGUCACAAUAUCCUGAACAACAGCAGGCUCAUCAGUGAGGAGUGCAAAGCACAGCUGAAGGACCUGCUCAACACAUAUUACCCCAUAGAGAUCGAUUCCAAACGGACAGCAGAGGAGAUGGUGGAGUGGUGGACUAAAGCCCAUACUCUUCUGGUGCAGCAGCGCAUCAGGAAAGACCUGCUGCAGGAUGUGGUGAAGGAGUCCGAUGCUAUGCUCAGGGAGCUCUACCAGCUGUUCUUUGACCACAUGCAGGAGCACAGCAUCCCUCUGCUCAUCUUCUCUGCUGGGCUAGGAGACGUGCUGGGGGAGUGUUGAACAAAUCAAAACAUAGUUUGUAUUUCAGGUUCUUCGGGGUGGCCGCCAUUUGCCUUGAUGACAGCUUUGCGCGCUCUUGAUAUUCUCUCAACCAGCUUCACCUGGAAUGCUUUUCCAACGGUCUUGAAGGAGUUCCCACAUAUGCUGAGCACUUCUUGGCUGCUUUUCCUUUACUCUGCAGUCCAACUCAUCCCAAACCAUCUCAAUUGGGUUGAGGUCAGGUGAUUGUGGAGGCCAGAUCAUCUGAUGCAGCCUGGAGGUGUGUUGGGUCAUUGUCCUGUUGAAAAAUAAACAAUUGUCCAGCAGAGUGUAAACCAGAUGGGAUGGCGUAUCACUGCAGAAUGCUGUGGUAGCCAUGCUGGUUAAGUGUGCCUUGAAUUUUAAAUAAAUCACAGACAGUGUCACCAGCAAAACACCACCAAACCUUCUCCAUACUUCACGGUGGGAACCACACAUGCAGAGAUCAUCCGUUCACCUACUCUGCAUCUCACAAAGACACAGCAGUUGGAACCAAAAAUCUCAACUUUUAACUCAUCAGACCAAAGGACAGAUUUCCACCGGUCUAAUGUCUAUUGCUUGUGUUUUUUGGCCAAAGCAAAUCUCUUCUUAGUGGUGUCCUUUAGUAGUGUAUCUUUGCAGCAAUUAGACCAUGAAGGCCUGAUUCACGCGGUCUCUUCUGAACAGUUGAUGUUGAGAUGUGUAUGUUACUUGAACUCUGUGAAGUAUUUAUUUGGGCUGCCAUUUCUGAGGCUGGUAACUCUAAAGAACUUAGAGGGGGUUUUCCUUUCCUGUGUCGGUCCUCAUGUGAGCCAGUUUCAUCAUAGCUCUUGAUGAUUUUUGCGACUGCACUUGAAGAAACCUUCAGAUUUCUUUAAAUUUUCCGCAUUGACUGACCUUCAUGUCUUAAAGUAAUAAUGGAUUGUCAUUUCUCUAUGCUUAUUUGAGCUUUUCUUGCCAUAAUAUGGACUUAUCUUUUGUAUACUCCCCUACCUUGUCACAACACAACUGAUUGGCUCAAAUGCAUUAAGAAGGAAAGAAAUUCCACAAAUUAACUUUUAACAAGGCACACCUGUUAAUUAAGGUGCAUUCCAGGUGACUACCUCAUGAAGCUGGUUGGGAGAGUGCCAUGAGUUUGCGGGGCUGU